AUGGCGGCCCGCGGUAGUGACAGCGAAGAUGAUCUAGUCACCUACGGGACCGGCCUUGACCCCCUAGAAGAAGGUGAAAGACCAAAGAAACCACUUCCCAUUCAGGAUCAGACAGUUAGAGAUGAAAAAGGACGAUACAAACGGUUUCAUGGAGCCUUUAGUGGAGGUUUCUCUGCUGGAUAUUUCAAUACUGUUGGCUCAAAAGAGGGAUGGACACCCUCCACUUUUAUAUCUUCAAGGCAAAACAGAGCAGAGAAAGCUGUUCUUCGUCCAGAAGAUUUUAUGGACGAAGAGGAUCUUAGUGAAUUUGGGAUCGCACCUAAGGCAAUUGUAACCACAGAUGAGUUUGCUUCUAAAACCAAAGAUAGAAUUAGAGAAAAGGCCAGACAGUUGGCUGCUGCUGCUGCACCUAUUCCUGGAGCCACUUUACUAGAUGACCUCAUAGCACCAGCAAAAUUAUCCAUUGGUUUUGAGUUGUUAAGAAAAAUGGGCUGGAAAGAAGGACAAGGAGUUGGUCCUCGAGUAAAGAGAAAGCCACGCAGGCAAAAACCUGUUCCUGGAGUAAAAAUCUAUGGCUGUGCUUUACCUCCUACUGGCUCUGAAGGAUCAGAGGAUGAUGAUGAUGAUGAUGACGACUAUCUGCCUGAUAAUGUGACUUUUGCACCCAAAGAUGUAACUCCAGUGGACUUCACUCCUAAGGAUAAUGUUCAUGGACUUGCUUAUAAGGGCCUAGAUCCGCAGAAAGCAUUAUUUGGAACUUCAGGGGAGCACUUUGAUUUUUUCAGUGAUGUAUCUGAAGGGACCAGCAAUCUUAUUGGGAGCAUAAGACCAAAUAAAGGAAGAAAACUUGGAAUUUCAGGACAGGCUUUUGGUGUAGGUGCUUUGGAAGAAGAAGAUGAUGAUAUCUAUGCAACUGAAACAUUAUCAAAGUAUGAUACCAUUUUGAAGGAUGAGGAACCAGGAGAUGGACUCUAUGGUUGGACAGCACCCAAACAGUACAAAAACAGGAAAGAAUCAGAAAAAGAUAUCCGGUAUGUUGGCAAAAUUUUGGAUGGGUUUUCCCUAGCAUCUAAACCUUUAUCUUCUAAGGAAAUUUACCCACCACCUGAAUUGCCAAAGGAUUACAGGCCAGUCCAUUAUUUCAGACCUUUUAUAAAUGCUACCUCAGAAAAUUCUCAUUUACGUCAAGCACUAUCAGAAUCAACUGGGAAAAUAUUGAGUGACAUGUCAAAACAAAGCAGGUAUCAGUUAAAUGCAUCUAAGAGGGGAGAAAUGCUUGGAGAAACUCCUAUUCAAGGCUCAGCAACAUCUAUCUUAGAGUUUCUAUCCCAGAAAGAUAAAGAAAGAAUAAGUGAAAUGAAACGGGCAACUGACCUUAAAGCAUCUGAAAUAAAAGCCAAAGCUUUGGUACCAAAAGCUUGGAAUAGCAGAUUUCAGCCAGAUUCUCCAAAUGAUGUUCCAUGCACACAGCAAAUGUUAUUGAGUGGGGAUAUAACUGCUGGAAGAUCCAGUGAUUUCAGACCUUUUACAAAAGAUCCAGAAAAACAAAAACGAUAUGAGAAGUACUUAGGCAAUGUUAAACAAGGACAGAAAGAUGCUUUGGAAAGUUGUUUAGAUCCUAGGAUGACUGAAUGGGAACGAGCACGAGAACGUGAUGAAUUUGUGCGAGCAGCUCUGCUAUACAAGCCCUCUAGCUCAUCGCUAUCUUCCAGAUUUACUCAUGCUAAACAGGAAGAUGACACAGACCAAGUAGAAGUUCCUAGAGACCAAGAGAAUGAUGUUGAUGACAAACUAUCUGCUGUGAAGAUGAAGAUGUUUGGAAAGCUCACAAGAGAUAAAUUUGAAUGGCACCCUGAAAAACUGCUUUGUAAGAGAUUUAACAUUCCUGAUCCUUACCCAGAUUCAACCAUAGUUGGAUUACCAAAAGUUAAACGUGAUAAGUAUUCAGUAUUCAACUUUUUAACGAUAUCCGAGACUCCAACAUUAGCCACAACUCAAGUAUCAAAUGAAAAGACACAGCAGAAUCACAGUCGGAAUAAACUAAGAAAACCAUCCAGGUGGGAUAUACCUGACCAAGAAGAGAAGAAAGAAGAUUCUAUUAGUGAGUUCCUAAGUAUGGCUAGAUCAGAAGUUGAAAUUCAGAAACAACAGCAGAGACCAUUGGUAAAUAAAGCUGAAGGGAAUCCAGUGGAAUCAUCUUCAACGAAGGUGGAAAAUGAAAAUACAGAUCAGAAGAAUGAAGAUGGUGGCAGACCUUCCAUGGAUUUAUUUAAAGCCAUCUUUGCCAGUUCUUCUGAUGAAAAGUCCUCUUCCUCUGAUGAUGAUGAGAGUGAAAAUGAAGACAAUCAAGCUGAUCCUGGAGAAUCAUAUCCCCAAAGUCCAAAGCCAAGUGAUUUGGUAGAAACAUCUGAUAUGCAAGUCAGUGAAGUGGUGGUCAGUGAGCCAAUGCGUCCUGUCACUUUGCAGAAGAUGCAUCUGGAUGAAAGAGAAGAAUUUGGCCCAAGGCUUCCUCCUGUGUUUUGUCCUAAUGCUCGUCAGAAACAUGAAGCUGUGCAGCUCACUAGUUUUGCGGAAGACCAUCCAAAGGAAAAAUCUAAAAAGAGCAAAGAAAAAAGAAAGACAAAGAAAGACCAUAAACACAAAAAAGGAAAGAAAAGGAAACACAAGAAGCAUAAACAGAAAGGCAAACAGAAAAAUAAAAAAACCCAGAAGAGUAGUAGUUCGGAAAGUACUGAUAGCAGCGACAGCCAGAGUGAUGAAGAGAAGGUCAAAAACAUAUCACCUCAGGAACUUCUAAGAAGGUUGAAACGUCUACCAGUAACAAAGGAAUAACCUUUUUCUUCAGUUUUGAACUGGGC